AUGUCGACAACAACUAUUCCCAGUCCUCGUAACAGUUUCCACUCGAGACCUGCCAGUGUUAGAUCCAAACCUGCCAGUAUUAGAUCCAAGGCCUCUAGUGUUCGCUCCAAGGCAGAGUCUGUCCACUCUAGAGCAGUCAGCGUUCACUCGGAGAAUAUUCCUUUGCCUGCUGAACAUGUUAUUCCUCCAGAGCAUAUUAGUCCACCGCCUGAGCGUACUAGUGUCCACUCGGAGAAUCUUAGACCUGGCUCUGAGCAUCUUGUUCCUCUGGAGCACACGAUCCCGCCUUUAGACCGUAGAAGUGUCCACUCUGAGCACACCAGUGUCCAUUCACGACGUACCAGUCCUCGUUCUGAACAUAUAAGUAUUCACUCUGUACCUGCCAUCGCAAGCCAGAGCACUCGCUCCCACAAGUCCAUCUCGCUUACCAGUAGCAUUGUUAUCGAUGCCGAACACAAUACCAAACUACUCGACGUAAUUCCUGGAUUCUUUGGCAAGAUCGUAACACCCACAUCUCCAGGUUAUUCGGACGCUAUUGGGCGCUGGGCCUACAAUGCCGAACGUCCAGCUCGCCUUGUAACCUACCCACGCUUCACCACCGAUAUAUUUGUCGCCAUUUCUCAUGCAUACAAAAGCUCACUUCCCAUCGCUGUCCGAGGCGGUGGCCACUCGUGCGCAGGCACAUCUUCUUCCACACACGGUCUUGUCAUUGACCUUUCCAAACACUUUGCCCAUGUCCGGGUCGACCCGACCAAUCGUAUCGCAUUCGUCGGAGGCGGUGCCAUUUGGAAGGACGUGGACGAGGCAGCCAUCAGAUACGGUUUGGCCGCGGUUGGCGGGACCGUCAAUCAUACUGGAGUAGGCGGACUAACUCUCGGCGGCGGCUAUGGCUGGCUUACCGGCCAGUACGGCCUUGCUUGUGAUAACAUCGUCGCCGCUACCAUCGUUAUUCCGGGUGCUGCGACCGCCCCGGGAGUCAUCCAACCUACUUCGACCACCGUUUCGGCCUUUUCCGACCCCGAUCUGUUCUUUGCUAUACGAGGCGGUGGAGGAAAUUUCGGGGUUGUAACAGAGUUCGCAAUCAAACUUCAUCCCCAGAGGCGAACAGUUUGGUCGGGAACCAUUGUUUACGAGUCAUCUGUAUUGGAAGAAUUGUUUGAAGCCCUGGACGCGUGGUGGGUGGACGCAGGUCAAGGUCACAAGCCCGGAGAAGCUGCUUUAGUCUUCUUCUUUCGCGAUCCUGCCACUAAAGAGUGUUGCAUUGGUAUGAGACCCUUCUUCAACGGAUCAGCAGCGGAUGGAAGAAAGCGGUUCGCUUCAUUCCUGGCUAUUCAACACUUGGCGGAUCAAACAAAAGAAUUACCUUAUGAAGUCAUAAAUGCACAACAAAACGAACAGGCUCAGCACGGAGAUAACGUCUAUAUGACGGGCACUUCAAGAACCUCUUUUCCCCCGUCUGCUGCACGGGCUCUCUUUACAACUUUUGCUGAAAUCUCUGCUUCUCCUUUUGACGGAUCCGCGGUAAUCGUCGAAUAUCUACCUUUACAUCUAGUUCGAGCCGCAUCCUCCGAAACGAGUGCGUUCCCCGGUCGCAUGAAGGGCGAUAACAUUGUUUUCCUGGUUCAUUGGCCGCGAGAGGAUCCUACAGGCAACACCGAUGCCGCACGAGCUCAUGCGACCAGACUAAAACAGGUCAUCUGGGCUCGAGAAUGUGAGAUCGGAGGGGAAGUCGAUUCGUCGGGCUAUGCAAACUACCAAACCGAAGCUGCAGAUCACGACGCAGCUGCGAUACAUUUUGGACCGUUGUAUCCUAGGUUGCAAGCAGUUAAAGCGAUGUGUGAUCCACAUGGGAUUUUUGACAAGUUUUACCCUAUUCGACCGGCUUAUUAG